AUGGACUCCGGUUCAACGGCCGAGGCCCCGUCCCUCCCCUGGCGGGUCUGGUCAAACACGACAAUGUAUGGAGUCGCCGGGCUAUGCCGCGCAUUCCUCUCAGGGCUGUGCCAUGCGGAACUUCAUGGCCAUGAGGAGUUCACUGCCCUGCUCGAUUCGAGAAAGGACCCGGCGCAAAGGUCAAAGGGUUUGAUUACAGUUUCAAAUCAUAUUAGUGUUAUGGAUGAUCCUUUGAUCUGGGGAUUACUGCCUAUGCGAUUUUGGAAUAAGCGGUGGUCGUUCGGUAGCCAUGAUAUCUGUUUCCAAACCAGACCGCUGUCAUUCUUCUUCACCAUGGGACAAGUACUACCAACACAUCGCCUAGCCCAUUCUCCUUUCGGUGGCUUGGGUCAACCUGCCAUGACAGAAGCCAUCCGAUUGUUGUCCAAAGGUCCCUUCUCCGUUGAUCACCACCGUGCCAGCCCCGAACGCCAACAGUUCAGCCUCCAGAAUGUCUGCAUCGACCCUUUCUCAGAUCUAUCCAUAGCCUAUACUACCAAUGGCGAAGACGCCCACUCGGCACCAUCCGCAUACUCAUGCAACUCCCACUCGUGGGGAAAGAUCCACCAAGCACCCCGCAAGACGAUGCGAUAUUUCAAGUGGGGCGUUGCUCGACUGAUUCUCGAAACAAAGGAAUGCCCCGACGUUGUUCCUAUGUGGAUUCAGGGCGUUGAUGAUAUUAUGCACGAGAGCCGCGAGUUCCCACGAUUCCUUCCUCGUCCCGGCAAGGACGUGAGUGUCACUUUCGGGUCCAAGGUGGAUACUGAAGAGAUCUUUGGCGAAGUGAGAUCCCGGUGGCAGAAAUUGAAGACCAGGGUUGAGAAGGCAGAUCCGCAAUCCCGAGAUCUUCCUACUGGCGUCUUAAGUGAUGCGUUGUUAAACGACAAAGAGGCUGUCGCGCUACGCAAAGAAGUCACCUUUAAGAUCCGAAACCUCGUCCUCGACGUCCGCCGAUCACGAGGUCUUCCAGACGAAGAUCCGAAAGAGGGUCUGGUCGAGACAUGGCUGGAAGAGGGCCCCAACCGGGAAGGUCAUAUGAAGGAUGAUUCCUGGGUUCGGGAUAUCUGA